AGUUCUCUACAUAUACCCGAUCGAGAUGAGUGUAUUUCGGCGUCAAAGUAUUGAUUGAAGAUGAUUUGUAUCAUAGAAUAAACGUAACGGGAAGUGUCUUAAAAAUAGCAUAGAAAUAAAACAGAUAUUAUCUUAAGUAAAUUAGUUCAAGAAAAUUUAAGCUGCAAAAAAUGGCAACGAAACUACAUCAUUUCGCAUUCCUACCCAUUUUGUUACCGCUUUUACAUCUGUUGACAUCUUCUUUAACGGCAGUGGACGCAGCCAAAAUUCUUGGCUUAUUUGCACAUCCCAGUGAAAGCCAUUUCGCCGUCAUGCAAAGUUUAAUGAUGGAGUUGGCGAAGCGCGAACACAAUGUUACUGUUUACAGCAGUCAUCGGCUUAACGAGCGCGUUGAAAAUUUAAAGGAAGUUAUUAUAGAGCCGGAAUUCCCAUUUUGGAAACAUUUGCUAGAAGUCACCGAUAGCCAGACAGGUGGUCUACAGAAACUGAGUCGAUUGGCUGAGUCUUCAAUGCAAAAGUCACUGGCUGCUGUGGGCGCGGCCGCCGUCGAUUAUUUCCUGUCGAAUGCAGCCGUACAAAAAUUACUUCGUUUGCCCGUCAAAGAAUUCGAUUACGAUCUGGUGAUUGUCGAUUUAUUCUACACUGAAUCACUGCUGGCAGUGGGACAUUUCUACAACAAACCUACUGUGGCUAUUGUGAGUACGAAUUUCGAGAGCUACAUGCAACAUGUGCUGGAGCAAAUGGUACCCGCCGCCUGUUCGCCCAACGAUUACGAAACAUAUCAGCCGGCGAUGGGCUAUUGGCAACGCUUGAGUGCGAUACGUGGUUGCUUGUCACGCCGCAAGCAAUUUGCGAAGUCCAAUUGGGGUGCGCAAGAGCAACUGAUUCGGAAACAUUUUGCACACUUCAAAGGUGUAAACGAGCUUAACAUAGCCACGCUGCAAGCAGAACUCGCAAUAUUACUGCUCAACAGUCACGUCCCACUGAUGACGUUACGACCGCUGCUCGCGAACACAAUCGCCGCUGGCGGCAUGCACAUACGACCGCCACGCGAAUUGCCCUGGCUCAUACGCCGUUUUCUCGACGAGUCGCGCGCUGGUGUCAUCUACAUGAAUCUGGGAAAUGAACAGCACUGUGGCGACAUACCGAAACCGCUGCUACAUUUACUUGUCAACACGCUGGGAAAACUGAAAGAGCGCGUGCUAUGGACAUGUCACGACCAUACAGCGAUGAAGGAUUUACCUGCCAAUUUUAUGGUGCAACAUGCCGUGGCACAAGCGGACAUAUUGGCGCAUCCUCAUGUGCGCGUAUUCAUUAUGAAUGGGGAUUUACUUAGCCUACAGGAGGGCAUCGUGCGGCAUGUGCCCAUGAUUGGUGUGCCCAUAUUCCGCAAUGAAGUGCGCAAUAUGGCGUUGGCGGUGCGGCUGGGUGUAGGCAUACAGCUAAAUCACGACAAUCUCACUGAGGUGUCACUUAAAUGGGCGCUGCAGGCGCUUAAAGACGACAGAACAUAUCCGUUGUCAAUACGUCAGGUGGGCACCGCCUUUCGUGAUCGGCCGCUUGGCGCUGUGGAAACUUGCAUGUAUUGGAUGGACUAUGUUUUGCGUCAUCAGGGUGGUGUCCAAUUGAAAACACUUGGCAUUGGCAUGCCAUCCAGCCAACUACAUCUCUUCGACUUGUUUAUGUACUAUUUUGCUGUGGCGCUGUUAAUCGUAGGCGUGCUGGCAGGUGGCUUCUAUGGCGCAAUAGUAUUUCUUAAAAGGCGCGAAACGGAAAAAAUGUACUCGAAGUUGAGUUAGUCGAGAUUUGUGCAACUUCUAACUACUUUAAUAAAUAAAUAAAUUUUUUUUUUUUUACUUUAAAUAAGUAUGAA